UCAGAUGUUUGUUUAGACGUUGCUGAAGUAAGGGGUGUAUUUUAUUUCACGUUACAGUUCCUUAUGUACGAAAUAUUCUAUGCCAAUGAGUUGCUUGUGACCGUAACCGUCCGUGCACAUGAUUCUGUCGUUGCAAUUGUAAUUUCAUCUGUUUACGCAUCUUGCCUAUUCUGUUAUUAAAAUAUUGUUUUUAACAUUUCCUCCACAUGUCUUCCCCUGAUGUAGAUGUGGUUUCUCAUCAAACACUCUCCUCUAAGCGAGAUCUGUUUUUACGUCAAGAUGGACCCGCUUCGCCUAUUUCUAAUCUGUCGACAAAUAUCAUUAAAGAAAAUUUUAUGGAUAGAGACAGAGAUAUGAUGAAGGAAAAAGACGAAGGAAAGGAAUCAUCAUCUUCACUCAAUGACAUGCAGGAUUAUGUUGGGUUCGCCAACUUGCCAAAUCAGGUGUAUAGGAAAGCAGUUAAGCGAGGAUUUAACUUUACUUUAAUGGUUGUCGGAGAGUCUGGUCUUGGAAAGUCAACCCUUAUCAAUUCUAUGUUUCUAAGUGAUAUUUAUUCAAAUGAAUAUCCUGGUCCAGCCCACAGGGUGAAGGAAACUGUGCAAGUUGAAACCACAACAGUCCUACUUACAGAGAAUGGUGUUAAUUUAACUCUUACUGUUGUAGAUACACCAGGGUUUGGAGAUGCUGUAGAUAAUAAUGAAUGUUGGCAGCCAGUAAUAACCUACAUUGAAAAUAAAUAUGAAGAAUAUCUGAAUGCAGAGUCAAGGGUUCAUCGUGAUGCUAUAGUGGACUCUAGGGUACACUGUUGUUUAUAUUUCAUUGCACCAUCUGGGCAUGGAUUAAAAACACUAGACGUUGAAUUCAUGAAAAGACUACAUGACAAAGUUAACAUAGUUCCUCUCAUUGCCAAAGCUGAUACAAUGACUUCUGAGGAAUGCGUUCUCUUUAAAACGACAAUACUAAAUGAGAUAGAACACAAUCAAAUCAAGAUAUACAAGUUUCCUGACUUUGACACUGAUGAAGAAAACAAAGUACAUAGGGCUAUGAAAGCAUGGGUACCUUUUGCAGUAGUAGGAAGCAACACUUUAGUUGAAGUAAAUGGGAAGAAAGUACGUGGUAGAAAGUAUCCCUGGGGUAUAGCAGAAGUUGAAAACUUGGAACACUGUGAUUUUAUUGCUUUAAGAAAUAUGAUGAUCAGGACUCAUAUGCAAGAUCUUAUUGAUGUUACCAACAAUGUUCAUUAUGAAAACUAUCGACAUCAAAAACUUGCUGGUGUUGGAGCAGAUGGCAAACCAGGUGCUAUUCCCAACAAGAACCCUCUUUCACGGAUGGAAGAAGAAAAGAAAGAACAUGAUCUCAAGAUGAAAAAAAUGGAAAAGGAAAUGGAACAAGUCUUUGAAAUGAAAGUUAAAGAAAAAUUGCUGAAACUAAAAGACUCAGAAUCAGAUCUUCAGUGUAGACAUGAACAAAUGAAUAAAAGUUUAGAGCAGCAGAGACAAGAGUUAGAGGAAAAAAGAAGAAUCUUUGAGAAAGAGAAAAUAGUAUUUGAAAGUGCUAAUGGAGAGGAUUCCUUCCACAGAAUGUUUGUGGAUACAAACUCCAAAGAGACUGUGGUUGCAAGAAGAACCAAAACUUCCUCACUUAUGAAUUUAUCACAGUCAGUUCCUGCUCGCUGUCGCCCUAUGUAAAUUACUACGUAGCUCCAUGCAGCUUCUGGCAAUGGACUUCUACCAUCAAAUAAUAUGCUAAAAUUGAUUAAAGUAGUAUAAAUGAAAUAUAUCAUAUUUAAUUAAUUUCAAAAUUAUACAUAAAUAUAUUAUCUAUUCUUCAAAAGAGCGUUUUUGAAAAGAAAUAAAAUUUCAUUCAUACAUUUGAUAAAUUAACUAGUGAUUUAAUGAUAAUUCUUUAAAGUUUGAAUGUGCACUGUUAUUACGAUGUGAAAAGAGCACUCUUGUACAUAUUUGAACAGAGAGGAGAAUGUAUGGUUUUCCUGCAUAUUUAUCAUUACAACAAAAUUUGAAAGGGUAAACUUAUAUAAUAGGAGUUUUGAAAUAUUUUGGUCAUUGACAAAAGGAAAACUUAACUCUUGAUGUUAUAAAUCUUCAUAGCUUUAGAAGUGUUUCAAUCCAAGAAUAAAUGAUUUAAGCAUAUUAUAACUACAUUUAGUAUAGAAACCUGUAAAACUAAAAAAACAUUAAUUUUUGGCUGACAGUUACUGAAAAAUUACUUGAGCAUUGAACCAUCAUCCUUAAAAUUUAUUUUAUUUGUUUUUUAGAUUUAUAUGUUUCACUUAUGACACAAAUAUAUUGUUGAAUAACAGCCAUCAGUUAUUUGUUAAAUCUAUUCUGCAAGCUUGGUUUUUGAUUUCAAAAACUUUGUGCUAUGUAUAUUAGUUGAAAUUGUUUGAUUACUCAAUAAUUGCCAACCAAACCUAAACUUGUAAUUUUAAGAAUGACAUGUAUUUUACUAAGAUAUCAUUUUAAUAUACUUACUGGUAGAAACUGCCAAAGUUUUCUUCAUGUCUUCAUUUGGAUUCACAUAGAUCAUAGAAUUUUAUUUUGUUUUACUCAUUUGAUGAAAAUGUAAAUAUUCUCUAUUAUGUGUAAUGUGUAUAAAUACAACUCAAUGAAAUCAUUAUUUUGAUUGGUACAACAUAAAUGAUUAAAACUCUUAAUGUUAUUAUUAGAUAUCAGAAGUUAGGAUUUUAACUUGUAAACUCUUUACAAUUACCAUUUGCACACAUAAACCACAAAGAAAUCAAAAUAUUGAGUACACAUACACAAGUUAAUUAAUGUCACCUAUCUAAGGUUACAUUGUAAAUAUUCAGUAGGAAGAAAUUUAAAAAAUGAGCAAUGUAAGUACUAGUACAUGAGGAUGUCAAAUACACUUAGUAGAAAAUAAGUCAUUGAUAGUUUGUUACCUGAGGCAUCUCAACUGUGUUUUUGUAAAAAAUCUCUUGGCUAAAGCUAUGCAUAUGUGCUUGUGUGUCUGCAAACAAAUUAUAAAUAGCAUAAGGUAAUCCUUUCUUUUCUUCUCUCAUGCCUCUUACUUAAUUGUUUUUUAUUCCUUUGAAACUCUUUUAAAUAAUCUCUUUUAUAGUAGUUGCAAAAUUAAGAAUAUAACUUUUUUAAGUAUGUGAAGUUAAGAAGUGAUGGCAUUAAGAUGAAAAAAAAUAUUGAAGAUGAUGUAUGGUUCAUUAUUUUUCUCAUGUCCAAUUAAACUAAUCUUUGCAUCCCCAUUUCUACUACAUCAUUUAUAUCUGCAAGUAUACCUUCUAAGAUACAAUGUGCCAAAAUGUCAAGCAAUAUUUAGUGUAAUUUUUUGUAAUUUAUUACCAUUAUGUUAUGUGUGUGUGUAAAUGUUUUCACUGCAAAGUAAUACAUAUUUUUCUACCAAAUGAUUUAAAAUUAUAUUCCUUAUUAAAGCUAUCAUACUUGUAAAAUAUUCUCUUGAAGUAUACUGCUCAUAACUUUUUGUUAUUAAUUGGGGGUACAUAGUUUAUAAUUUAUAAAUUCAGCUAGUUGUAAAAGUUGAAGAUCAGUAGUAUUACACAUGUAAUGUUACAUCUCAAUAAGACUGAUAAUAACUUAAAUGACAUCAUGCCUUACUGGCUCAAAUAGUGUAUAACAGCAUUUUAACAAUACCAUGUCUGUUGUAUACCAUUGUAGACAAAGCCAUUUGCUCAAUACCAGAGUCCACCAGGUCAGUUGGGUCACAACAUGUAAGGUCUUAGUUGAAAUUCUAUUUAUAUUAAUUAUUUAAAACACAACAAGUCUUAAGGUAUAGAAAGACUCUUUGCCUUAAUAAGAACCCAAAGUAAACUAGAAAUAUACAAGGAAUUAGACUUCAUUAGCUUUAUGAGUUUGUAAUAGGUAAAUGUAUCUUUUAGGUGGUAUUAAUUGCAUCUUUUUUGCUGUAACUAUAUUUUUGUGAUUUCCUACAAUUUUUAUGCUGUAUUUGAAUUUUAGUUUAGUUUUUUGUGCAUAUACCUUUGAUUGUUUUUGUAUUUUCUCAUUUCAUGUAAUUUUUGUAUGACAUUUCAUGAUUGUAUCAUGUAUAGUAACUUUUUAACAAAGAUAAAUCAUCAUUUUGAAAUUACAUUUGUUGUUACAAAAGAAAAACAACUUUAAAGCUAUAAAAUGUUCAAUGUUUCAUUCACCAAACCAGCCUGAUAAAUAUUUUACUAGCUAUACUGUAGUAGCCAAAUGACUUUGCUCAAGGUGAUUUUUCUGUACAAAAAAUUAUUUUCAGCUGUCUGUGUUGUUUUUUUUUUACUGUUACACUUGAAAUGUUUUUGUGAAUGUAAUUUUACUCUUUAUAUCAAACACAGUUAUGGUGUCUUCCUUUAAAAAAAUUUCCCUCAGAAAUAAGGAUACAUGGAAACUAUUUGUAGAACUUAAAAAGAUCUUUAAUAUUAGUGUUCAAAUGUUCCAAUAUUUCAAGCUCUAACAAAAUAUAUUCUAUUUGUAGGUGUGUAAAGAAUCUCUUUUCUUUUUUUUUUUAAAUCUAAUUCUGUCAUUAAGUUGAAGGAAAUGUUUUGUUUGCUCAUGAACAUAUUCCAGAAAUCAUUAAACCAACUAUUGUUUGUGUAUAAAUAAAAGUUACAGUCACUGACACAGUAGUGGUUAUACCAGAACUUACACAUGAAUUUCUUGUCUCGUAACUUUUAAAAAUUAAGUCAGAAACUGGAAUAUUUUAUUUUGAUAGAGUUGUAAAGGGUUUUUAAAAUCUUCAUCUUAAGUUUUAUGUAUAAUUCAUACAAUUUUUUAUUGGUAUAUUUAGUUUAUUAUUUUAUUUCUGUAUUAAAGUAUUGUACACAAUAUGUAAACCUGUUUUUACUGAUAUAUACUUUUAAUAACAUAAGAUUUUUUUACAUCAACCCAGCUAACUUAAUGUAUGGUGCAUCAAACAUCCUUGUCAUGAGAAUAAAUGUUCAAUUAGUGACCCGUUUUUAAAGGAUAUAGUUCAAUACUUCGUUCCUGAACACAGUUUAUAAAUACUGUAUCUUAUAUUUUUGUAAUGUUCUAGUUAAGAAGAAUUGCUGACAUAAUGAUACUUGAGUCUAAAGAGAAUACACAGCCAUAUGGCCUGUAAAGAAGGAAUACUUAAAUAUUUCUAAAGCAUUGUAUCAAAGUGUGCAUUUGGCAUUUAAUUAUUUUUAGUUAAUAAAAAACCUAGAGUCAGUUUUAUCAUAGUUUUACCUACAUGUUUGUCAUUAACAGUUCUGUGUCACACUGAAGACAUUUUUUAGAUUUAAAUGUUAAUGUAAGAAAUACUUCAAUGUAUGCAGAAUUGUUUUUCCAAUUAAUAUAUGCUUAGCACAUCUUCUGUGUAGCAGACCUAGUUUAACACACUUGGACCAAAGUUUUCAAAGGUUCCAUUUUGAAAGAUGGCAGAUCUGACAGAUGUCUGCAAGAAAGAACACGACAGGUUUCUUAAAUUUGUGCAUGUCAGUUGUUUAGCUGCUACCUGGUGUAAUAUAGUAACACCUCUUUUCUGUUUAUAGUUUGUAACAUAUUUAAUUGUUUUAUACAUUUUUAUUUACUGUACCUGUAUUAUUCAUAGCAUUUUAAAUAGUGUCUUUCAAACCCAUAACUUGUUUGGCUUUUAUGAGUAGGAAUUAAAUGUUGCCUUAAGAUGCUGAAAAGCCUUGUGUUUGUGUUUCAGGCAUUUGGAUGGCAAAAUGAAGAAAAAGGGAAAGAAAAAAGGCCUCUUCUAACCUUCUUUGUUCUUCACACACACACAGCACAUGUUUAUUCAAUAAGAUGAAAACUACUGAAGCUUCUUCUACUCUUUAUAUCUUGUUGUUAAACCUGAAGCUGUUUUGCUGCUUUCUAUUCUAUUAACUGCAGUAUCCAUUUCUCCCUUCUACUUUACAGCUUCUUUGUUGUAAAUGUUUGUUUCUCAGUCACUUUUAAUGCAUUUAUGCUAUGUGCUUCAAGUUUCAGUCAAACAACUUUUCUGUAACAGUAUUUUUAAUGAAGAAAAAUUGGACAAAUUACACCUUACAGUUACUUAAAAAAAAGCUUUUAUAUUUUGUUGAAUCUCAUUGUUCUUAUCUUAUGUUUUAAGAUGGUGUAAAUAUUUCAUAGUUGUGUUGGGCACCGUACAACAUAUUCCUGAGUUUAAAACUAGUCUAAUGUAUGUAUGUGUAUAUGAUAUAAAAGUUUCUACAAAUGGCUGAAACACAAGCAGUAAUUUUAAUGGCUUAAAAACAAAGUGCUAAUAACCUUAAUAGGAAACGAAAGAUCAGCAAUCCUUAACUACUCAUGAAGACUAGUGUCAAACUUUUCAUAGAAAAUUGUGCUAAACCGUAUGAGCAGGACGUUUGACAUGACUUUGUAUAUAGACAUAUUGUCAUUCUUUUAUGGCUUAAUCUUUUUCCUACAAGGAUUAUUUUGUUAGAAUCUUUAAGAAACUUAUUUUAGAUUAUUAUAUAAAAAUGCAAUGGGACAUGCUUGAGAGCUUUCUUUCAUAUACGUUUUUGCUUUUCUGAGUUUUAUAUUUGUAUGAAAUUAUAUGUAAGUCUCUGCAUGAUUAUAACCAGUAUAAUCACAAUGGCUCUACAUUAUUCUUUGUUAGAUUUAUUUGGUUAUGUGUUGAAGUAAUACAUAUAGAUUUAAUCUAUUUUUAAGUAAAUACAAAGCAGUAACAAAAGCCUAUAAAAUAUUUGUGGUUGUAAUUCAAGUAGCUAACAAAACUGAUGUUUUUGACAGUUUAGGUUACUUUAUAAAUUGAAUUAAACUUUAAAUGAAGCUAAGAUAAUAGAUAACUUUUGAUUCCUCAGUUUGAUACUAAGCAGGGGUGAAAGAUUAUGUACAUAAGUAUAUCCAAGUAAUUUAUGUUUUACAAUCAUGACAAUUUAUUGUUUAAUAUAUGAACAAAGUGUGAAGCUUUAAAAUGAUAAACAUCCUCUGGUUAUGAGCAAAGUACCACUUAAUUCCUUAUGACUCAAACAAUUAAUAAUCUGAGUGGGUUUAUUGAGCAUAAUGAAAUUAGUGUUUGACUUCUAAAAAUGUCUUAUCAACUAAUAAGGUUUUUUUCCUUAUAGACUUGAUUUUGUGGUAGGGUAGAAAUAAAGAAUGAUUUAAUUUUUGAUAGAAGUUUUGCAAAAGGGAUCUGUUCCCUAUGAUAAUGUACUUAACUUUCUAAUGGGUGAGGAGAAAUUUUUUUCUUAGUUAAAAAUAUCAGACAGCGUAAAGAAACUCGAGCCUCAUUGACUGUUAAUUUGUUUCUACUAUGAGUUUGGUUGUGAAAUUAACUUAAUAAUGAUAACUGUGUGGAAACAGUGGAAGUUUAGAUAGUUGAAGGACAUGAUACACAAAUUUAAUGUCACUCCAACUGCACAGGAAAACUUUUACUAAGAAUAUAUGGAAAUAUAUAUAAAUACAUGGAAAAUAAUUCAUGAAAAAGAUUGACAAUUCUGAAGGUUUUUUUCACCACGUUCAAAAUUGUUUUUUGUUUUUUUACCAGAAGGCAAUGAACUUUUUUGGAAAUAGCUAAAAUGUAAUUUUUUUUUCAGAUCUAAGCUCUUACUGUAUAAUAGAUAAUCCAGUGGUUCUGAAUUAUAUCAAGGGUACAUUACGAAAGUGAAGUAGUUAAUUUGUUUUAAAUUUUAAUUUUUCUUGUGAAGAAAAGAAAGUUAAUCAUUUUCUUUGUAUUACUGACACUGCUUUUUUCUUAUGCCAAAAUUAUAAACAGACCUAAAAUUGAGAAGUAUUUUAACGUAUGUAUCACAUUCAUGUGACUAGUGUUAGGAAUAUUACAUAUUCAAUCAUUUCCUACUCUACUUGCUAGCUAAGUUAUAUGAUUGUAAUUUCUUUCCCAGAAAAUUACACCUCUAGAAAUUUGGUGUCAACAAAUCACAAGUAAAAGUUAUGUCGACAGGACAUGCAUGACACCCGUGUUUUUUUUAAUUUUUCACAGAAAAAUUUGUGAAGCAAUUUGUGUUUUAUAAGUGUAUAGUUGUGUUACAGUAAUUUUUUAAUGUAUUGAUUUGAUUUGAAAUGAUAAUAAUUAGUUGAUUUUUAUUAUUUGUGUAAAUCCUUUUAUUGCUAAGUUAGAUUUCUUAUUCUAGAAUAAAGCUUUAAUUGGCAUAGAAGAUAUAUGAAAUCCUAAGGUUUUAUUUAAGACAUUUUAUUUCAAAAGGAAAUUACUAGUAAUUUAAAAAUUAUUAUUAGAGAGGAUUAGAGGUACCUAAAACAUAUGUAGGAAUAUAUAAUUUAUUAUGGAAUUUACCCUUGAAGGUUACUUGAUAAUUAUGUAAAGUUUGUAAUGUUUUUGACCAAGUUCUCAUUUUCAUUCAGUAGCUGAUGUUUUUUGCUACUGUCAGAAGAGUAGAAAAUAGGUUAGUCUAAGAUAUUAUUGUAAUUUUAGAUUGGUACAGGCCUCAGGCAGCAUAUGUUACAUACACAAAUACUGUGCAAGCUUUUGCCUUGAACUUUGCCUUUAAAUGUUUGUUUAGUUUUUGAUUUAUUUUCAGUAAAUAAUAACGAAUUAAGCUUGGUAUGACUUGAUAUUAUAUUUCUAUUUUUUUAAUAAAAAGUGUAUGUAAUUGCUUAAUUGUUGUGUUUGCCAGAUUGUGUUCUUGCAUUCACCUAGUUUUUGAUAGGAUAACUUAAAUAUGGUUUGGAUAUGUUUUCCAAAGUUUUAUUAUAUACUGUACUGUGAGGUGAAAAAAGCAAGGUUGCUAACCAUUAAAGUCAUAGUUGGAACAUUUUUUUUAAUAAUGGGAUAUUAUACAUAAAGUAUGAUAUUCUAAACUUAUUUUUAAAAUACAAAUUUGCCUGUAGAUGAAAUUGAGAAACAGUUUUCCCUUUCUUUAAGUCAUGUACCUUAGAAUCUCCAAUUCACAUAAUAAAGUAGAUAAUAAAACAGUCAUAGAGCUCAAUCUAUAGUUAUCUGCAUAUUUUCCAGUUUAAAAGAGUUUUAUAAUUAUUACAUUCAUAGUGAUUUUAUAAAGUAACCUGAUCAUUUUUAUUCUAUCACUACCAUAAAUGAAAAUCACGGUUUAUACAAAAAAAAAAGAAGUCAGAAUUCUCAUUAAACCUAUAAAUCAAUUAAUCAUAUUCUAUAUUCUUAAGAAAAAACAAUGAAGUGCUUGGAAAUCAUAUAGUUUUACUUAUUAUUUAUUUAGAGUAUAUGCUCACAGUUUUCAUAGGUGUGUUAUUCUGUAUUGGAGAGAAAUGUUUAUGAUGUGGACAACAGUCCUAAUUAUCUUGGAAAUUUUUUUAUUAUUAUUUUGGAUGAUAAUUUUAUGACCCUUAGCAACAUACAAUACUGACCAAUCAUAGUUUCAUAUGUGUAAACAAAAUUCAAUAUGAUUUUUCUGGUUGGUAAAUUUUAAUAAAAGCUUAAACAUCAUUAUUUUCUUAUUGAAAAUAAAUAAACUAAUUAACUGCUUUUGAUAUAAAAACAACUUAAUGAUUAUGCAGAUUUUUCAGUAUUGAAUGGCAUUGCUUAGGUUUAUAGAUCCAACCUUGUUAAUUAAAUUCAGCAAUUUUUAUUAGAUUUACACACGUUACUUUAUGAUGCAUGUUUAGUUAUACUAGAAUAUUUAUCAGUUUUUAAAGAAAAAAGUUAUUUUAAGUUUUACAUUGUUUCUUUGACUCAACUAAAGUGUUCAUUAUUACAAGAACAGACAAAAUAUAAAAAAUAUAAUAGUAAAUAGACUGACAUGUUUGUAAGGAUGUAGUAACUGUACAAUAUUUUUCAAUUGCACACACUAGGAAUUUGUCUUUUUAAUGACAAUACCUAUGUAUUUUUUAUCAAACUGUAAAUAUGGAGAAACUGCUAAAAAUGCUACAAGCAUUGAGUACAGAGGGGGAGGGAUACAAAAGUGUGAGGGAUUUGUUCUUUUGCUGUACCUAUAUACCUUCAAUACCAGGGUAUGUACAAUUCAUAAAGGUUUUAAUAAACCUGUACUUCAAUGACAAGGAUGUUUGUGUAACCUACUAUCAUAUGAAAGUGUUUUGCCUUAAUUUCACUAUUUCUUAUAAGAAGAAGCCGUUAGCUUUGUAGUUUUCAAACUGUAACCCUAUUUGAUGUCUAUUUUUGAAACUGGUUAUAGUUUUAAUCACAAAAUUAUGACAUACAGUUAAUUAUAGUUGCAAAGUCUCAGAAAUGUAUUUUACAUGUGUUAUUUAAUGCUUUGCUUUUUGGUGUAACAUACACUGGUUGACUAUUUUAUACCUUUUUUUUAAACAAACCUUGAUGUUUGGAAUACAUGCCAAAUAGGCAACUCUGUUCUAAAUAAAUAUAACUUUACCUUAAAA